AUGACUUUUAUGACUCUUCUACUGGCUGGUGCAUUGCUUCAGUCAUCUUUCUCUGGUUGCUUAGUUGGUGACAGACACAAAAGACAGAAGCUGCUAAAGGAAAUUGAAGACCGAAAGCUUCCAUAUUUAACACCUAAAGAUGUGCAGUUUGAACAACUGUCCAAGGCCAAAUAUUCCAAACUGUACUUGCAACGGGCUAACUGUGUACCUCAGGAAAUUCACCAAAACGUCCAACAAGGAUUGACAAUGCUUCAAGAAUGUAAGUGUUUUUCUCAAGAUCUUGUUCAAAUAAAAGGCAAAGAUGUGCUUACACCAGUAUGUCGACUACUCAUAGGAGAUCCUGGCUGCACAUAUCGUUACUUGGAUACGAGACUAUUUACAAUACCUUGGCCUUCCCAUGGUGUUGAGGUGAAGUACAACAGUGAUGAAAUAGGUAAAGCCUGCCAAGCUAUUAAAGAUCUUAAUGAAUGCUUACAUGUGGAAGCAAUGAAAAUUUUGUUGGAUUAUUCUUCAGCUGAUGUUGAAGAAAUUGGAUUUGAGGCAAAUACAGCAACUUCUACAGUGGUUAAGGACUCGGGAAGUAUAAAAGAUGGAACUUAUCACAACAAACAAAGAAACAACAAAGCUAUGCUAAAGAAUAGAACCUCUUUUAAUGUGUCCCUGUUGAAUUACAUGGACCCUUCAAGAACGAAAUACCUGAAAGAAGAACCGUACUUUGGAAUGGGAAAGAUGGCUGUGAGUUGGCAUUAUGAUGAAAAUCUGGUGGAAAGGUCAACAGUUGCUGUGUAUAACUACAGCUGUGAUGGUUUAAGACCUGCUGCAGAUGAAACCAACGUGACAUCAGUAAAGGGCAGAGAUCCAGCACUUUGGCACGUCGGCCUAAAAGUAGCCUGGGACACUGUUACACCAGGGCUGGCAUUGCCCCUAGAACCUGGAGACUGCUACUUUAUGCUUGAUGAUUUUAAUAUGACCCAUCAACAUUGUGUGCUGUCUGGAUUUCAGCCUCGCUUCAGUUCUACCCACAGAGUGGCAGAGUGUUCAAGUGGCACAUUGGAUUAUAUUUUCGGACGCUGUGACAUAGCUAUGAAGAAUCUGCAAAAGGAUCCGUUAUCGGGCAUUUCCUCCCUGGUUUCUUUGGAGCUUGUUAAUGUGAGACAAACAGAAGAAAUUCACAAUGAGGUUGAAUUUGAGUGGUUGCGACAAUUCUGGUUUCAAGGGAAACGUUCAGCAAAGGCAAGUGACUGGUGGUUUGGACCAAUGAUUCUGCUGGAGAAAUCUUGGAGAGAGAUGGAGCAAAUGGUGUCAGUCCAGACUUGCCAACAGCCUACCAGUUGAUGAGCAGCCAGAAUGUCGUCCUUACUGGUGCAAUGGAGACCUUGGUAUGCCUCUACCCUUUGACUUGGAAGAAAAUAUUUCAUUUUUGAGGAAUCAGCUCAUGUCUUCAGAUGAAGAUGUUAAGAGCUGAUUUCCAAACAUCUUUCCAAUUCUUUGGCUGAGAUAAUCCUGUCUAUCCAGAUUUCUACUGGCUUCUUCAGAUCAACAUUUUCAUUUUAAUAAAAGUUUGAUAUAAAGAGACAAA